UGCACGCGCACACGCGCUUGUCAGCAGAACAGAUACAGCUCGCGCUCGCAGACGAACAUCACGCGCUCAUUCUGAAUUAAAGUGAAUAAAAACGUCCUCGGUACAAGACUGGAGUUAUUCGAGUUAAGAGUUAGAGCCAAGCGUCUCAAAUGGAGACAGAAGCCCUGGAUGUCCAACAGCGGGACGGAGGGCAGGGCAGCGCACCGGACAAGUUCAUGCCCCAGGAGAGUCAUGUCCACACGACACAACCACAGGCCACCCGCAAACCUGACAUCACAGGUCCUGUCCCAGCUGAGAUUGUUGUCAACGGAAGAAAUGAGUCCCUGACAGACAGUGUCUCAACCAAUGAUGAUGCUUUACUGCUUCCUGACCACAUACCUACAGUUUCACGCAAAAUAGAGAAAGGCAACGUGAAGCCCAGUAUUCCCAGUGGCUCUGCUAUAAUUCGUACUCCUCCGGCUUCUUCAUCAGGAGGAUCGACGCCUCGCCCGACAACACAACAGAAAUGCAACGGACAUGCAAAGUGCAAUGGACACAGAAAACACACACCCUCCACCUCCAAGAGCAAGCAGCGCUUCAAGGCUGAUGCCUCGCAGAUACAGAGAGUAGCUGGAGAUGACUGCUGUGCACACUGCAUCCUAGCGUGUCUGUUCUGCGAGGUGCUGUCGUGGUGUUCGGCCGUGGCUCAGUGUUUGGCCUGCGGUCUGGAGUGUGACGCUCUCUGCUGCUGUGGGGAAGCGGCCACCGGAGGUCUGGCCUGCUGUACUGAGGACACCUGCUCUGCCCUGCUGGAUUGUGGGAUACUGGAGGACUGUUGCCAGUCUUCAGACUGUCUGGAGAUCUGUGUGGAAUGCUGCUCCAUCUGUUUCACUGCCUAACUGGACUCUCAACAGACUGAUAUCAACUGCUCAAUAGACUGUAAGCGUUGGGUAUAUAUAUCAUUGUUAUCCCACAUUUUGUAUUUAUUUAGAAUGAAAAUGAAGUUGUUGCAUCAGUCAAAGUUGGCCGUUUCUGUACGAGGCUACUCUCUGAAUUCUGACAGGCUUUAAAUCUAAAGUGUGUUAUUUUUUAAAUACCUACAGAAUCCAUUUUUUUUUAUGUUAAAUAUUGCUUCGCUUAUUGGUAAAAUCGACCAUUGGCGUUAGUUCAGGAAAUCUUUUUCAUUAUUGCAAUUCUGUUUGGUGACACUAGUGGCACAGGAAUGACACACUUCAUCUUUACCGGGGAAGAGCAAAAGAUUUAGACCACCGUUUGGAAGUUGGUAGGAUUGUGCAGCAAAACAUGAUUUUUGUCUUGUUUUCCAGUACAAAUAUCUAAACAAUGUUAAAUCAAGUUAUAUUUAUUUGAGAUGCAAAAUUACUUAAGGUAUUAGGUCUUAAGGUUAUUGUAUUUACCCCACUGGCAGAUUAUAUUUUCUUGUUUUUGAUGAUUUCAGACAAGACUUAAUAUCUUGGGUUGCUUCUCAAGUAAAUGUUCAUGAUUUAAGAAUUGUUAGAUAUUUGUAAUUGAAAACAACAUCAAAAUGACUAUUUGUAAUAUGGAUGUUUCAAGUUUUUACUUGGUCACAAAAUACAGUAAAAACUGUAAAAAAAAUUGUGAAAUAUUAUUACAGUUUUCUAUUUGAAUAUAUUUCAAAAUAUAAUUUAUUCCUGUGAUACAACGCUGAAUUUUCAGCAUCAUUCCUUCAGUCUUCAGGCACAUGAUCUUCAGAAAUUAUUCUGAUAUUCUGAUUUGCUGCUUAAGAAACAUUUUGUUAUUAUCAAUGCUGAAAACAGUUGUGCUGCUUAACAUGUAUAUGUUUGAAGCCCUGACACUUGUUUUAGGAUUAUUUGAUGAAUAGAACUUUUUAAAACAACAGCAUUUAUAUAGCAAUUGAGUCUUUACUGUCACUUUUGAUACAUUUUAUGCAUCUUUGCUGAGUAAAAGUAAUUUCUUUCUUACUGACCCCAGACUUUUUAACAGUAGUGUAAAUGUUUGUCGCCUAUAACAAGGGGGUUAUUCAGAUAAAGUAGUUAAUAUUCUGCUGGUCAUCUGAUCACAACAUGAGAGCAAAUCGACCUUUAUGUGGAAUAAUACUUUUUUCAUUUUAUAGUGCUUAGAAAAACAAUCUAGUAAGUCAUUUAUUCUAAAGAAUCAAUUUGAUCCUAAUAGUCAUUCUCUGUUUUAAAGUUUAGUAUGGCAGCUGAGAUUGAGGCAUGAGGAUCUUUGUUCUCAGCAUUCUUAACUAAAGCUGGGUGAUGCAAAUCACCAGUCAGGAUGACUAUUAAAGCACUCGCAUAUUCCUCUGGGCAUGUUGAAUUUCACAGACUUUCUCCAGAUGACUCUGGCCAGUGUUUGUACAGCAGGCACUGCUCUAGAGAGAGCUGAUGUUGAGUCUGGCACAAGCUGGACAAGCUUUACUGACACCACCUCCCUCCCUCUCUUCAUCCCGCUGUGGCUUACACAUUAUAAACAUCAACUGAAAAUGCUGCUCUCCAUCACUGAUUUAUUGAUUAUAUAAUAAGCAAUUAACGAUUUGCAAUAUUUGAAAGUUUUGUUCAAGCAUAAUUUUUCAUGUAGGAUUAAUAAAGUAUCUGCCUAUCGUUUAAUGCUAUCAUUCAAUCUGUUUAGUUAAAAGAUCAAAAAGAAAAUAAAUUAUUAGAAUGCUAAUUAU